AUGUCGGACCCCUGCGAGUUCAAGAAUCAGGUCACCGGCGAGGUGGCUAUCCCGUCUCGAUGGAAGAAGGAAACUACACACGAAGACACCGCGACACAGACGUCUAAGCUGAAGGUCAAAAGCCACGAAUCGCAGACGAACGUCAGCUGUUUUCAGGCGUCCGACCAACUAGACAAGGGCGUCGGUACGGAGCGGCGGCCAUUUCAGGCUUCCCUGGAGGGACUGCAGUACGUGUACAACGAGGUUCCUCACGAUAAGGCGAAGCUCUCCACCUUUCUGGAGGAGUCCAUGAGCCAGUUACUGGCGGUUCUGCACCGCAAUGCCACGAGCAGCAUCUUCGACCACUACUCCCCUUCCUGGUCGCGCAAGAACACCGAACUUUCUGUUCUCUAUACGCUCACGUCGCCCGCUGUCAAAGACGACAACUUGGAGGCGCUGGGGGUGACGUGGAACACUCAUGGUAAUAUCGUGGCUGCGGCCUACGGCCUCAUGGAGACCUCGGGCUGGUGCUACAAGAAGGGCUACGUGUGCGUGUGGAACCUGGCGCGGCCGGACCUGAGGGAGAGUCGUCCGCAUAACACCCUGGAGACGGAGACCGGCGCCACCUCCAUCGCCUUCCACCCCACAGACCCGUGCCUGCUGGCCGUUGGCACCUACAGUGGUGAGGUUGUCGUGUUCCCAAACGUGACAGAGAACUUUCCAGGAAAGUACUCCUCGUCGGCAUCGGAGGUUGCCCACACGGAGCCAGUUACGGUGCUGCAGUGGGUGAAGAACCCACAGGAGUCCCGGCAUCAUCAUCAGUAUGUUUUGUGCUCAGCGAGCCAGAGUGGACUCAUCAUCCACUGGAGUCCGGCGAACAAGCUGGCCAAGCCGAUCGCCGCGUACAGCGUGCGGAGCCGCCGCCACCUCUCUGUCGGCAUUACAGCACUCACCUAUGGCGGUGUACAAACUCAUCGCGGCAGUUACCUCCCCGCGUUGGACGGAGUCCUUCUCGUGGGUCUGGAGAACGGUGAGGUGGGCCGCGGCCGCACAUGGCCACUGCCGAUCGAGACGAACUCCCAGGCGCCACCGACAAUCAUCCCUCUCGAACUGGACUGGCUGGAGAGCCACUGUGGCCCACUGCAGUCGCUCAGCGCAUCACCCUUCUUCCGACACCUGUUCUUGACCACUUCCUCGGACUGCAGCGCGCGACUGUACUCGGACCUCGAGCGCUCUCCGCUCCUCACCCUCGAGUCGUCGGAGGAGACGAAGGGCUAUCUGUACGACGGCCGAUUCAGCCCGUUCCGGCCCUCAGUCGUGGCAGUGGUCUCACGUAGGUCACUUUUGCGCGUGUACGAUCUUGAGAGGGACCAGUUCAAGCCGGCGUACACGGCGGCAGUCUCGGCUGACGGAGCAGGAGUACUAUCCGUGGCCUUCAACUUCACCGCAGCCGAGUGGCUGGCCACUGGCGAUGCGCGCGGCGUCGUACAAGUUUGGCGCCUACCCACAGAACUGUCACAGAUCACCGAGCUCGAGCGUGCAGCUCUUCGCGCUAGCCAGCCCACCUGCGACGGCACGAAGGAGGUGCAGGACUCGACCGCUAUCCUAGACUUGUUCGGGUCUCGUGUGUAG